CGUUCGAUUCGUGCGCUGUGUCGUGGAGUCUCCACUAAUUUUGUGUGUGCAUUAAGAAAGCGCUGACAACGUUGUUUUGUAAAUUACUUUUCUCUUUUCCUUUUGUGCCUUUGCUUCACUGAGGGGCAUUAUGAGCGCUGGUCGGAUCGCCUCUCGCCUGUACGAGCUGCGGACCUACAGUCUGCGGAUGGACCAGAUGCGCCACUUUCUGGCCGGCACCGAGACGCUGUUCCACCUCCGCACCCAGCACUCGCCGCUGAUCGGCUACUGGACCGCCGAGCUGGGCGGCCUCAACCAGGUGGUGCACGUCUGGGAAUACGAUGACCUGUCCCACCGGGCGACGGUGCGUGGCAAGCUGGCCGCCGACGAGGAGUGGACACAAAAAUACGUGACGCCUGUCCUGAGCCCGGCCCUCGUGGCGCAAGACAACUUCCUCAUGCGUCCGCUGGAUGGCACCACCGUCAGUAUGCCGACUGAUACUGGCGUAACGGAGCUACAGCAGCUGGAGCUGCGCGGCCCGACCACGUUUAGUGCCAGAUCCCAGAGCAUCAUGCAUGCCAGCCAUCCUUCAGAGGACUUCGACCAGCAGCUCAUGGAGCACGUGCGAACGGGCCACAGCAAGCUGCUGCUGCCGCUCAAGGUGUCGCCGAUCCAGUGA